AUAUAAAUACCCACUAUCAGUGUCCUCCUCACCGCAGAGACACGAGAGAGAAAAGAGAGAAAGUCGGCAGAGGCAAAGUGGACACCGAUGUGAUGAGAAGGACAUAAGCGUGGGACAGGAGGACUACAGGCAACAUCAGGUGACCAGAGUGACAAAAGACUCCAGAAAGAGAGAGAGAGAAAGAAAGAGAGAGAGAGACAGAGAGCGAGUGAAAGUGAGAUAGAAAGAGAGAGAGAGAGAGAGGGAGGAAACCAGCAGCGACCUCCUACCCAACAACCUCGGAAGCGAACCCAUAAAAUGAAUUCAGACUCGAGCCCAAGCAGCAGAGCCUCAUCCCCGGACAUGGAUGCCAUGUCUAUGCGAGAACACCACCCGCACCACCACCAUCACCACCACCACCACCACGUCGGCUCCUCAGUCUCCUCCUCCACGCAGGGCGCAGAGCUGCGCCAGAAGAUGAGCGCUAGUGAUCUCCUGAGGUCCGGAGAUCCGAAGUCAGUAGGAAGCAGCAGCAGUAGCAGCAGCAGCAGCAGCAGCAGCAACAAGUUCAAAGUGAAGAAACAGAUCACGGAGGAGGAAAUGUACCACCUCCGCCUCAAGAUUAACGGCCGGGAGCGGAAGCGCAUGCACGACCUCAACCUGGCCAUGGAUGGCCUGCGCGAGGUGAUGCCCUACGCGCACGGGCCCUCGGUGAGGAAGUUGUCCAAGAUCGCCACGCUGCUUCUCGCCAGGAACUACAUCCUGAUGCUCAACAGCUCUCUGGACGAGAUGAAGCGGCUGGUGGGGGAGAUUUACGGAGGGCACAACUCGGCUUUCCACUGCGGCACCGUGGGGCACGCUGCCGGCCCAGGUGGGCACUCCGGGGGCCCCGUGGCUGCAGCCGCCGCAGCAGCCGCCGCCGCCGCGCACCAGGUGCACCCUCUCCUCGGGAGCGCGCUGUCAACAUCCACAUCCUCCACGCUGUCGAGCGCGCUGCCCGGGCUUACGUCUAUCCGGGCACCCCACCCCCUGAUGAAGGGCUCCCCCGGUGCGCCCCCGGCCCUGCAGCUGGGCUCCGGCUUCCAGCACUGGGCCGGACUGCCGUGUCCCUGCACCAUCUGCCAGGUGCCUCCUCCUCCACACAUCCCCAUCACCUCCACCGGCAUCAGUAGACUCACGGGGGAGGGCAAGGACCUGAUGAAAUGAUGCCUGACAGACAGAGAUUGACUGUUAUGUUUGUAAAUAGAGAUUUCAGGGCAUGUGGGUGGAUUUGGCCUCACUGGUGCAUGUUGUUGUUUAGUCUGUUUUCUUGUUUGGCGUAUGAGAAAAAAAGUGUUAUUUUCCUCCUUGUAACAAGGACUUAUAAAGACUGUCGGUUUUGCCAAAUUAUGGUAAAAAGAAAAAGUUGUGUGUCAUGCAACAAGAUGCCACGAGCCUCUCGUGUCUCUGAGUUUUAGGCGAACGAAGCUGCAUGAACAUUUCAAUUUACAUUUUGUUUUGUAUCAGGCUUCAUUUUGUGAAAACGAAGAAUGCUCUCUGUGCCUUGUACCAAGGAUUUUAAACUUGAGUUGUAAAUGAAAACAUUUAUGUGUUUAGCUAAAAUUAUUCUGCCACUGCGGACAUUUGUUUUAAAAUUAUUUCGAUUUAUUUUUAUUUCGUGGCUCAUUUUUUAUUAUUUUGUUUUUAUUUUGCAUGAUGGUAUAAUUAUCACAGCAUGGUUGUUUUUGCUGAACUGAAUUUGUUAUGCCCAGAGACCCCCGAGUCUUUAUUUUUGUACAUUGUUGAUGACUGAUGAAAUAUUUAUUAUCGCCCAGCGUCCCUGGAUGAAAUUUCAAUAAAACUGAAAUUAUGGAUCAUA